UUAGUAUUUCAGUUUGGUUCUGCUGAGCCCUGUUAUGAUGUUCUAAAUAUUAUCCUGUUACAUGCUUUAUGCAGUCUUGAAAUGACAGCGUCACACCAUUCACCUCAGUAACACGGCUGAUAGCUUUGCAGGCAGCAUUUCAACGGCAGGGCACAAAACUGGACAUGCACACAAUAUUAAAACACACAGUGUUGGAAGUUCGUCUGAAGACCAAUUAGUGUUUUUACGAAAGGAACAGAGAGUAAUUUUUUACAGGGCAGCUUGUCUUUCCAUCUGCGUUGCAGGCAUGACAUCAGCGUCUCUUUGUUGAGACAGGAAAAUCUUAUCCCACUACCACUGUCAUAAAAGCAACACAAUAAUGAAAUGACAUCACAGCGGGCCAGUAAUUAAAUGAGCCCACUGCUGUCUUGGACUUUUUACAAGGCUGGGAGAUUGUGAACACAGCACGCAGGAUAACUGCAGCCCAGAAGCUACGGGCUUGUUGAGUGUGAAAUUCACACAUUUAUUUGAGUUUCUUUUUCUCCCCAUCGUGCCUUGCAUUAAAUAUAUACACACACACUCACAUCUCGUAGUGCCUCGCACUUAAAUCAGCCUCUUAGUUUGCUCACUGACUUGGGGAGUCGGGUGGCCUGGCAGAUGACACUUUAAGUCGCCUAAUCUCCGUGGCCUUCAGCCUGCCAUUAAAUGCGCUGCUCGAGGAGGAUGAGUUUAAUUAAUACAUUUCGGGCAAAAAACUCAUUAGCUCAGUGACCUGCAGGGCGCCAUCGAUACUCUGGCCGCACGGUUCCAGAGGCCAGCCCGCCUGACUGCGGGUGAUGAAUUAAUCACAGUGCUCCCGCCGAGCCUGGCAGCAGGAGAACGGCAGCACUCGGAUUCUUUGCUCCUGUCUCGCCACAGAAAAGGGGAAAACGGAACGUUUUUAUGGGUGACUUUACUCAACCUCUGGUUUUGUCAUUGCACAUUGUUACAAGGAGACUCAUUUGCAGCUUGCCGUCGCUGGUAGCGACGUGGGCUUUAACUUCCGCUUUUUAUAGGAUUGUGUACUGUGCCGGAGCAUCAUUUGCAUUUGAAAAAUGCUAAUUUCUUCGCUGCUUCUUUUAAGUAGCUGUAACUCCCAUUAUGUUUUUACAUAAAUUGUCAUUCGCUUUCCUUUCAUCAAAGAAAAGUAAUAUUCACAACUGGGUGUGUGGGGAGGGUCGGCUCACCGAGUGCUACUCUAAACAGGGAAGUAUUAAACACUUCAGACGGUAAACAAGCCUGAUCUCACUCCACCUCCCUCGGGGAGCCACAGCAUCGCCCGCCUGUUUACCAUGGGUACGCUCCCCGAAGAACUUCCAGAAAACUCCACUCCAACUUCAAAGACUUUCCAGAUGCGAGAGGAAGAAGAAGGACGAGAUUGAGAAAAAAAGAGACGAGCAGAGCUGCAGGGAAGCGAGCCAUGCCAAACUGAUACCAGUAACCGUAGCAGAGUUGACAGUGGAACUAUGUGUUAAGGAUUCCCCGUUUCCUGGAGCCCACUGAUAUUCUUCUUCAGCUGUUAGAGGAAGUCAUUUUGGCAAUGGGGAGGAAGAAGAUCCAGAUCACCCGCAUCGUAGAUGAGAGGAACCGACAGGUGACUUUCAUGAAGAGGAAGUUUGGUCUGAUGAAGAAGGCGUACGAGUUGAGCGUUCUGUGCGACUGUGAAAUCGCCCUCAUCAUCUUCAACAGCUCCAACAAGCUGUUCCAGUAUGCCAGCACCGACAUGGACAAAGUGCUGCUGAAAUACACCGAGUACAACGAACCCCACGAGAGCAGGACCAACUCUGACAUUGUGGAGGCCCUGAACAAGAAGGAGCACAGAGGCUGCGAUAGCCCCGAUGCCGACGCCUCCUACGUCCUCACGCCGCACACCGAGGAGAAAUACAAGAAGAUCAAUGAAGAGUUCGACAACAUGAUGAAGAGCCAUAAAAUAACCCCGGGCCCUCCACAGCAGAACUUCAUGCAUGGCAGCAUGUCGUACAGCCCCGGGGGAGGAGGAGGAGGAGGAAGAGGAAGAGGAGGAGGAGGAGGAGGAGGAGAGACCUCCCAUGCUUUAGCUGCAGCCACAGCAGCUCUGGCCGACAGUGGAAUCCUCUCCUCGCCUCACACACACCUCCAGAGAAACAUGAACCCCCCACACAGACCUCCCAGCACUGGGAACACAGGUGGCCUGCAGAGCAGUUCUGAUAUGGCUCUGCAGAACGGGUCUGGACCAGUUGUGAACGGUUUCGUGGGCUCGCCUGGUGGAGGCAGCUUGGUGAAACUCAUCUCGCCCAAAUCUCCUUCUCCUCUUCCACAUCUGGGGAACAACCUGGUCCCCGCCAGCCACAAGACAGACCUCCGAGUGGUCAUCCCUCAGUCCAAAGGGCUGAUGCAAUCAUUGGGUAGCCAGAGGCAGAGUCCGUCCAGUCAGUCGCUGUCCACCCCGGUGGUCUCCGUCAACACACCCAGCCUGCCUCACCAGAGUCUGGUGUACUGCGGCAUCAGCUCCGCCUACAACAACGAUUACGCGUUGAGCAGUGCGGAGCCGCCGGGCUUCGGCUCCCCUGCAGGUCACUCUAUGGGCUCCAUGACAGCCUGGCAGCACCAGCUGGGCUCACUGGGGUCUGGAAGCACCAACCACCACCUCCACAUCAAAGCCGAGCCGAUCUCACCGCCCCGCGACCACCUCAGCCAAGGGUCGGGGUACAUGACCCACGCUCACGCCCCUCCCCAUCCCCUCUCGUCCACCAGAGCGGAGAUGGGAAGGUCUCCCGCAGACAGCGUCAGCUCCUCCUGCAGCUCCCACGAGGGCGGCAGCGACCGGGAGGAGCAGCAGCGGCUGGACUUCCUCACGCUCCCCAUGAGUCGGUCGGAGGGCAGUGAGAGUCCGACGGUCAAACGAAUGCGGAUGGACAGCUGGGUGUCGUAGACGCAUGCCGACACAUGGCCGGGGAAAACACAGGACGGGCGCUGUUAAUGCAAAAUUGAUGUGUGUGGAUUGAUGUGUUCUGUUAUUUCUAUUCAGUUCUCUUUUUUUUUUUUUGGCUUUUUUUUUCAGAAGGUUUGAGCAAAAAUCUGCUUAAAAAUUCUGAAUCCGUCCAAAUCAUCUCAUCCCAUCUUUCAGAAAAAUCUUACUGAACACAUAACAUGACGUCCUUUUCUAACAUAAACCAUCACAGACUUUUAUUGUGGUUCCACUUGCAGUACAAUCUGUCAUUUUGUUGUGACCAUCCAGUGGAAUGCAGUGCUGCAAACAGAACAAUGAAGAAAGGUGAGAUUAGUGUUGUCAGUGAUGGUAAAGUAGUGAAGGGCUUCUGGAUGUCUCCCACCGGGUGUCACCCGAUUCAUUUCUGAUCUUCUCAGGGUUUGAAACAUUGAACAAGUCUAACGUGAAAGCAAUACUCCCUCGCCAUCACCACCUUCUCUUUAUAGAACCAUAUAUUUAUAUCAGCCAAAGCAGUAUGCUGUGCUUGUUUGUUUGUGUUUUUAUAUUGUGCACAAAAUAAGACAAUAAUUCAGAUUCAGAUCAACGGAACGCCACGGAUGCUUGUUCUGUAUGUGCUAUCCAAAUAUGUUGUUAUUGUUUUGUACAUACUCUCUUUAAUAUAUAUCACUUUUGGUGUAACUAUAUAUUGUUGGUCUGCCUGUUGCAUCGGCCUGGUUCAAAUAUGACACCUCCAACAGAUUUUACAAAGGUAUAUUUAUGUUGAUUCCAACAAGUUAUUGGUCCUUUCUUUUCUUUUCAAGUGUUUCUUGAUGUUUCACCUCUAUUGUGAAAUAAACGAAAGGGACUUGCACUCUAGAAAAUAUUUUGUAACGGUCAAAAACAAAUGUAGGUCUUCAGAUAUUGUUUUACUAUAAAAAAAAAGGUAGCAAUAAAAAGUGGUAAAACUGCUAGAUUUUUGUCUUACAGCCACUGCAGGUCUGAAUUUGGGACAAUUGAUGAAGUUAAAAGGGGAUACAUGAGCUCAUGGGAUGAGGAGAAAUCUGCUUUAUUACGUAAUUACAAGAGGAAUCUCAUGUCGCUUUCACGACAGUGAAACACGCGAGUGAAAAGUUGCACUUAUGUAAUGUACGUUUGUACGUGAACGCAAUUCCUCUAAUGUGUACUGUAUGUAAAGGUGCAAUGAAUAUAUUAAACUAAACUAAAAAGCAUUUGAA